GCCAGGCAUGGCUGACGUCAGCGGCUGUGUGGAGGAGUAUAGGCUGUGCUGUCAGCCCAGUGUCAGUCUGAUGAAGAUUGGCAUGCAGUCUAAAUGUAAAGCUAUCCCAUGAUGCAACAUGUGUCCCCAGCACCUGCAGUGACAAUGAUGGCCACCCAGAGCGUUCCUCCACCAUCGUACCAGGAGAGCCAACAGAUGACGGGCACCACUCAGCAGAACACCAAGACCCCACAGGUCCACAUCCCAGCAGCCACUGCAGCAGGAAACACCUCUGUCAGCGUGACCCUCGACCCCCAGGCCCAGCUUGAGUCUGACAAGAGGGCUGUCUACAGACAUCCGUUGUUCCCCCUGCUGGCAUUGCUGUUUGAGAAGUGUGAGCAGGCCACGCAGGGCUCUGAAUGCAUCACGUCCGCCAGUUUUGAUGUGGACAUUGAAAACUUUGUGCAUCAGCAGGAGCGAGAACACAAACCCUUCUUCAGCGAGGACCCAGAGCUGGACAACCUGAUGGUAAAGGCCAUCCAGGUGUUGCGAAUCCACCUAUUAGAGUUAGAGAAGGUCAAUGAGCUCUGUAAAGACUUCUGCAACCGUUACAUCACCUGCCUCAAGACCAAGAUGCACAGCGACAACCUCCUGCGCAACGACCUGGGAGGCCCCUACUCUCCGUCCAACACCAGCCUCAACAUGCAGCAGGAACUAAUUCAGACCUCCUCUCCAUCCAUGACCUCUGUCUCCAGCUCUGUUAACCCUUCAGGGAUACUGGUGUCUGCUGGGGGUCUGCAACAGGGCAAUGUUACCAUGACUACCAUCAACUCCCAAGUGGUAUCGGGUGGGACCCUGUACCAGCCGGUUGCCAUGGUGACAUCGCAAGGGCAAGUGUUAACGCAGGCGCUGCCGCCGGGAACCAUCCAGAUCCAGAACUCACAGCUAAACGUGGACCUGUCCUCCCUGUUGGACAGCGAAGACAAGAAGUCCAAGAAUAAGAGGGGAGUCCUGCCCAAGCACGCCACCAACAUCAUGCGCUCCUGGCUCUUCCAGCAUCUCAUGCACCCGUACCCAACAGAAGAUGAGAAAAGGCAGAUCGCAGGACAAACAAAUCUCACCCUUCUGCAAGUCAACAACUGGUUCAUUAACGCUCGGCGGCGGAUUCUGCAGCCCAUGUUGGACGCCAGUAACCCCGACCCCGCCCCUAAAGCCAAGAAGAUGAAGUCCCAGCACCGCCCCACUCAGCGCUUCUGGCCCGACUCCAUCGUGGCCGGAGUUCUGCAGGCACACAGAUCAGGAAACAACUCAGACAACCCGCUGAGUAUGGACAGUCUCCAGUCCCUGUCCUCAGACUCGGCCACCCUGGCCAUGCAGCAGGCCAUGCUGGCAGCAGACGACUCCAUGGACGGCACCGAGGAGGAUGACGAGGAGGAAGAGGAGGAAGAAGAGGAGGAAGGAAUGGAAGAGGAAGAGGAGGAGGAGGAAGGAGAUGGAGACGAGGAGAAUGACAGGGGAAGGCAAAUGUCCAGCGGGGGAGGGGGGCGGAGAGACCUGCUCAUGGAGCACAGAGAGGACCUAGAGUAGUGGUCUCAGACUUUAAUCCAUCGUCCUCUCCAUGCAGACUCAGACCCGACAGCUCUGAAGCUGAGUGACUUAGAGAACCAGUGAGUGUGUUUCCUCCAUAUUCAUCAGAGACUCUAUGCAGAGCCACCAUGGAGCCUAUCACACACACUGACCCUCCGACUACAGAGGAUUAAUGAGUUUAAUAACAAAUGUGUGUGUUUCCGUUUUAUUAUCGUAUGUUCUCAUGCAGUGAGCCCCUGAAAUAUUUGGAUACAUUGUUUUAACACUUCAAUUAAAUGCCAACAGAUUUCACGUAACUGUAUUAGGUUAGUUAAAAGCAAAAUUAUUAAGAUGAACCUAAUAUUUUUUAUUUCAACUUGAUAUUAUUUCUUCCAACGAACCUAAUACAGUUAUGUGAAAUCUGUUGAAAUUAUACAUUGAAUUAAAAAAGAAGCACAUUUUAGCUCCUGUUAGUCGUGGGCAGAAAUGGCACAGGAACUCAAAGGUUUAAACGAUUACUGCCAGUUUUAAAUUGAGAGAUUUGAACCACUUUACAGUACCUGUUUAGAACAGAGCCAUAGCAUUCGGAGGCUGAUUGGAUCUCAGGUUACUGUCAACGGAACCAUCUUGAGUAGCUGCACAUGCAUCAAAAAAUAAAAAGAACUCUUUGCACAGUGAGAUUUUUGGCUGCAUGUGAAAACAUCUACUUGGUUGAAUGUAUAUCUCCAAAAUUGCAGCUCUGCGGCUUGCUGAAAGUACUCUCAAUUUGAACUCACAGUCUAACAUUGCAUUAAGUGUGCUUUCUAAAAAUAGAGUGAGUGCUUGAAGAAAGGAACAUUAGAAAAGGUAAUGCUUUCCGAAUAUCUGCAGAAGUGACUGCUUGUGUUUGCUUCCACGGCUGGAUAAUCAUUCACGCCUUCUCAUGACUCAUCGGUUCUCAGGUCGGACUACACUCAGUGUGUUACUUCGUCACUUGACUCAUUGCUGCAGAAAUCCUUUUAGAGCAUGACUUUUUAAAGAAUCUUUCUCUUUCACACCUUGUUUUUCUUCACCCAUGAGCAAAAAAAAACAAAUAAACUGGUGUAUGACCGCACAUACACUAUAGUAUGUAUAUCAGAUGUUUUAUGUUUGCAUUCUGAAGUUGAAUGUUUGCAUAUUUAUUUUGUAUUUCUUUGCGUGGCAUCAGAGUAGCUGAAGGAACAACAUGUGCUUCUACUCACUUUCUGAAUAAGGCUGUUGUAUUUCCUGGUGCCCAUGCACAUACUGGACUUCAACCACCAAGUCAGUCUUAGAAAAUUGCUUAUGUAUUUUUAUGACCUCGGGUGAUUCUGUCUCAAAAUAAGAGCAUGUCGAGCGCUGCAGUCAGGACGAACUGUCUCACCCUCUCCUCAACAUGGAGCGGAAUCAGAGACCGCCAACGGCCAGUUUCUUUCACUGACAAACUUUUUCAAGGCGACAGAAGAGAAUUUAGAAAAAUGAAAAAGAGGGAAAUAUAACUCAGUUUUUAUGUGAAGGAUUUUGAAGAAGCUGUGAAAGAGUUCUCUGUUUUGUACUAAAACACACAUUGAGUUGCUCGUUUCUAAUGUGAAGAUGUCUAGAAAAAGAACCUCCAUGUUAUAUUGAAUGUUCUGAUUGUUCAUUGUGAAGUUUGUUGCUCAUUGAUAUUCUUUUCCCCAUUGAUUUUUUAAAUGGAUCUUCCACAACCAGUGGCAGACAAUAGGGAAUAUUUCUAUUUCAUUUGUACACUUGGUUGUCAUAAUCUAUUGUGUUUCAAUAGACCAAUUUUAAUAAUUAAAACAUGUAAAGGUA